AUGCGUCAAACGGUUCGUCCUCCAAUCGCUCCACCUACCGUAGGUGUGAGAUAUUUUGAAUUUCUUGAACAGUAUGAAAGUGAGGGUGAAACGUUUCUUGACUCAAUUGUGACUGGUAACGAAACGUGGGUGUGUCACUAUACUCUCGAGUCAAAAAGGCAAUCUCUACAGUGGCGCCAUACCCAUUUACCAUCAACCGAAAAAUUCAAAGUCCAAUUUUCAGAGAGAAAGAUGGCCUCUGUUUUUUGGGACCGUAAAGGGUUAUUAUUGGUCGAUUUUAUGCCUAAAGGAACCACCAUAAAUGCAGCUGCAUACUGUGAGACCCUCAAGAAGUUGAAAAAAAAAAUCAAAGGCAAAAGAAGAGGAAUGCUGACUCGUGGUGUGUCACUCCUUCAUGACAACGCUAGACCUCAUACCGCCCGUCUCACUCAGGGACCUGCUUGUUUCAUUUGGGUGGGAUAUUGUGACUCACCCACCCUACUCCCCGGACCUGGCAACAUCGGAUCAUCAUCUUUUCAAUAA